GUUUCAACUUCCGUUGCAUCAAGUUGUGCAGUCAGAGCGUAAACAAUGUGGCGUUGCAAAGUGCGUUUAUUGCUUUCUUUGCUCUGUUUAACCUUUUUGAUAAGCACAACCGCAACACAACGACUGCCGGAUCAGCCCAACGUGCUGUUGAUAAUAUUGGAUGACUUUCGCCCGGUGAUAAAUUAUGGCUACGGCGAUGGUAACGCCAUCACGGUCAACAUCGAUCGGCUGGUGCAGCAAGGUUUCUUCUUUCAAAAUGCUUUCGCACAGCAAGCUCUGUGCGCACCGAGCCGCAAUUCGAUGCUGACCGGCAGACGGCCGGAUACGGUGCGCUUGUACGACUUCUACAGCUACUGGCGCCAAACGUCCGGCAACUACACCACCCUGCCACAGUACUUCAAGCAGCACGACUACCGUACGCACUCCGUCGGCAAAGUGUUUCACCCGGGCGCAUCGUCCAACUUUACGGACGACUUUCCCCUGAGCUGGUCCGAGCCCGCCUUCCAUCCGCUGACCGACGAGUACUCCAACGCCGCGGUGUGCAUCGAUCCGGCAGAUGGACGGUUGAAGCGCAAUCUCCUUUGCCCUGUGCGGCUCGAAACGCAACCCCUGCACACGCUGCCCGACAUCGAGAGUACCGAGGAGGCGAAACGGUUCCUCAGCACGGUCGGCCGGCAACCAUACUUUCUAGCCGUUGGCUACCGCAAACCGCACAUCCCGUUCCGCAUCCCGGCCAAGUAUCUGGGCCUACAUCCGGUCGCGAAGUUUGCCACGCUCGAUCUCGACUACCCACCGUACGGGUUGCCGACCGUUGCCUGGAGCUCGUACCUGGACGUGCGCAAUCGGGACGACUUCCGGCAGCUCAACGUAAGCUUCCCGUUCGGCCCUGUGCCGGACGAUUUUAAGCUACGCAUCCGGCAACACUACUACGCUGCGGUUACGUUCGUGGAUGAACUGAUUGGCGAGCUGCUGCAGGAGGUCGACCUAAGCCGCACCAUUGUGGCGCUUACGUCCGACCAUGGGUGGGCACUGGGGGAGCAUGGCGAGUGGGCCAAGUACAGCAAUUACGAUGCAGCCGUACGCAUCCCGCUCGUGAUCCGAGCUCCCGGCAUGCAAACGCACCAUCAGCAGAAGAUCGACACUGUGGUGGAACUGUUGGACCUUUACUCGACGCUGGUAGACUUGGCGGGAUUGCCACCGGUGCCACGGUGCGACGAGCAACGGCCGCACAAAGCGACCACCUGUACCGAGGGCAAGUCGCUAGUGCCGCUGAUGCAGCGGAAUUCCACCGGGUAUGGGGAGAACGAUGGGGACGAGUGGAUCGCAUACAGCCAGUACCCACGACCGGGAUUGUACCCAUCACUCUUCCCCAACAGUGACGAACCGAAGCUGCGGCACAUCAAAAUAAUGGGCUACAGUAUGCGCACGGAUCGAUUCCGGUACACGGCGUGGAUCAAGUUUAAGCCGGACUACUUCAAGCGGGACUGGAGCACAAUUUACGGCGAAGAGCUGUACGACCAUUGGAUCGAUCCGCAGGAAAACAUGAAUCUCAUCGAUCGGGCACCACUGGCAACGGUAAAGGAUGCGCUGAGGGCGAAGCUGCAGGAAAAGUUUCCUUAAAUUCCCCUCUCUCCCAACCGAACAGAGACGGACCGAACUUACAAGAGCGAAUUGUUUUAUUACAUAAAUAUACAAUUUUAUUAUAAUGUUG